AUGUCGUUACGUCCAGAAAUUCAUUUUUCAUCGGUUUUCGAUCAUUGCUCAUUAAAUAAUAAUUUUCAAUGUUUUCAAGGAAAUCCAUUAAAUCGUCUUAAUCUUCAUCGAAAAUCUCUUCAAGACAUAGUUCAACAUUCACAAUCAAGAUUUUUACCGUAUCGGCAACUUAAAGUACUUUUCAAUCAAGAAAAAAAACAGCCUGUAUGGCUUACACAUCAAUUUUUAUUCGAUAAUAAUAAUAAUGAACACAAAUUAACCGUUGACCAAUGUGAACUUGUUCUACUUGGUAUUAGUUCCCAAUCGAUGGUUGAUCGAUCAUCAGUGGCAACGAGCGAACCAACAAAAAUUGAUAGUGAAACUCUUAGUAAAUUUUUUUUAGCGUCUGAACCAGCUCCAGAUGAGUACAUCUAUUUUGCUCUAUCGGUUCCACCAAGUUUUGCUGAUAAACUACCUGGUACUUAUAUGGAUCUUCGGCCAUUAUUGCCUCAAUUAUCGGUCAUCGAUGCAGCGGUCUGUGGUCAAGGACGUGCUUUACUCGAUUGGCAUGAAUCUAAUCAAUAUUGUGGUAAAUGUGGUUCGCCGACUAUUUCACUUGAAGGUGGUACACGUCGCAAAUGUACUAAAUGUAAUCAUACACUUUAUCCUCGAACAGAUCCUGUUGCUAUAACAUUAGUUAUUCAUUCCGAUAAGGAACAUAUUUUACUUGGUCGUAAACCAUCAUUUCCUCCUUCUAUGUAUACAUGUUUAGCUGGUUUUAUUGAACCCGGUGAAUCAAUACCUGAAGCAUGCUCACGUGAAGUUUGGGAAGAAAGUGGUGUUGUUGUUAAUACGAAUCAAACCCAUUAUUUUGAUUCGCAACCGUGGCCAUUUUUAGGUGGACAAUUGAUGAUUGGAUGUUAUGCAUAUGCUACUGACGAAACAAUCACAUUACAUGAUUCAGAAUUAGAAGAUUGCCGAUGGUUUUCACGAAACGAAAUAGCUGAUAUGAUACAGCGCAGUCGAAAUAUUAACCUUGAUAAAAACGAUCAAAAUCUUCGUAUUCCACCACCUAUUGCUAUAGCACAUCAAUUAAUUUAUAAUUGGUAUUCAAAAAUAUAA